CCCGGAUAAGCGGAGGCGACUCUGCCAUUCGGUCAGAACGUGCUUGGCUUUUUGGCAUGUGUAUGGAGGUCAUCUCGCUGUCGUGAGACGAUGUCUCGUCCAAGCUCUAACUCAGAAAAACGCGCUCGUCGCCUCUCGUUACAUCCUCCUCCGAGGACUGUAAAACACACACGCUUAGAUGAUGAAAGUCAAUUGGAACGCUACUAUACUGUCGGUCAGACUUUGGGCCAGGGAAGUUUCGGCAUUGUGAAGAAAGCCGUUCAGUUGACGUCUGGUCUUUCGUGGGCUGUCAAAAUUAUCAAUAAAGAGCGAGCUGGAAGUGCUGCGAUGCAUCUGUUGGAGAGAGAAGUGCUAAUCUUGAAGCGAGUUGAUCAUCCACACAUCGUCAGACUUGAAGAAGUGUUUGAAACGUCGAAGAAAAUGUUUCUUGUUAUGGAGCUGUGUGAUCAAGGAGAGUUGAAGAAAGUUUUUCUGGAGAAAGGACAUCUCACAGAAGAUGAAACCAGGAUUGUCAUGAAAAAACUUGCUGAAGCUGUAGCUUACAUGCACGAUCGAGACAUGGUUCACAGAGACUUAAAGUUGGAAAACAUUUUACUGAGUAGCUCUCAAGAAGACGACACUUUCAACAUAAAGAUAACAGACUUUGGUUUGUCAUAUGUGAAGGGUGGAACAGGACUCGAUGAAAGUAUGAUGCAAAGCAAGUGUGGAACUCCACUGUAUAUGGCUCCCGAAGUUCUAGAGAACCAUGACUACAGCCAGGGAUGUGAUGUGUGGAGUAUGGGUGUACUUAUGUAUAUCUUGUUGAAUGGCUUAGGUAAAGAGCAGUCAGACGAGAGCAAGCUUUAUGAUCAAAUCCAGCAGGGGAAACUGUUGUUUGAAGGCAGCAACUGGAAAGACGUAUCAUCAGCAGCUAAAUCGCUAAUUGGUGAUAUGCUGAAAGUGAAUCCAGUGGAUCGUCUUUCUGUUAAGGAAAUUCUUGAUCAUCCAUGGAUUUCAGGGAAAGAUGAGGCAGCAUAUAAGCGGCUAACAGUCAUUGACCUGAUGAAGGAAUUUCGCCAAGAGGAAGAAGAACGAGCUGACAUGGUACCGAAAGUUGCUAUAAAUGGCAAGACCAAUGAGGAAGGAAAGGGAACUGGUGAAAAGAAAUCAAGCAAGGACACACACAAAGAUCAACAGAAGCCAAAUGCAAAAUCUUCUCAUUCUAGGCCACAGAGUGCAACAACGAAAAGUAAUGCCACUUUAAAAGCAGGAGGAAGUCCUAAACCUAAAAUGCGAAGUGUAAGUGACCUCCAUACUGCAGGUACCAGUGGGCAACGUUCUAGCCCUGGCCCAAAUGCUACAACUCCCACAAAAACUCGUCCUGGAUAUAUGCAGCCAACCAGGAGUAGUUCCCAUGCUGUGGAAGCAACAAAGCAAAGGCGAGAUCGGGACCACACACAUAAGAAUUGAUUCCCUUAUUUUGUUGUUGCCUUUGCUUUGCUCUAAUUUUAUACACUGUGUAUAUGAAUUUGUGAGAAUCAUAGUCUUCAAUGUCGUCAGACUGUAUUUUCUUGUUGAAAUGAAACUAAGACAUUUUUUACUCCAGGAGCACCACGUACUAUUGAUAUUGCUUAAUUGUGUUUUGCCUCUCUGAUGGUGGUAUGUCAUAAACCACCAUGUUAGAGAUCUCCUGUCACACGA